UUCUGGCCGGAAGUGUUGUUGUUGUGUAGUGUCUGCUAGCGGAGCACAGGCGCUAGCGAUGCUAGCACCGCAGACAGCAACAUUUUUGCUAAGCUAACAUUUCAAACUUGAAAAAUAGACUGCUAGUUAUUCGCGGGGGCAUUGUGGGCAUAAUAACGUUAGCUGACGCUUAAGCCCACCGUGCGACAACAUAGCUGCUCUGAACGUAAUGACUCAUUUAUUUUUAGGGAUCAGGUUGUAUUCUUAGCAUUAGCCUCCGAGCAAAGGUCUAACUGGCAGACAUGGAGAACCGGGGGAUUGAAGAUAUGUUCGACUUUCGUCGGUUUCCCAAAGAUGCUGCAGUCCUCCUACUGUUGCUGAUUUACUUUCCAGUUGGUAUCUGUUUGAUGCUAAUAAGGAUUUUUGUUGGUGUUCACGUGUUCUUGGUCAGCUGUGCACUUCCAGAGAGUUUUAUUAGAAGAUUUAUUGUCAGGAUUAUGUGCUCAGUCCUGGGGAUGCACGUGAGAACGAAGAACCCUCGCUCCAGGGACAAAAACACCAAGCUGUACAUAUGCAACCAUGUGACAGAGUUCGACCACAACAUAAUCAACCUUCUGACCCCCUGCCAUACCCCCCAGUUAGAGGGCUCCACCGGCUUUGUGUGCUGGGCCAGAGGCUUCAUGGAGAUCCGUUCAGCAUCUGGCCAGGGAGCCAUAGGAGACACUCUCCAGAGGUACUGCUCCACUGAGGGCACCCCCCCGCUGCUCCUGUUCCCCGAAGAGGAGACCACCAACGGCCGCGCUGGCCUGCUGAAGUUCAGUUCUUGGCCUUUCUCACUGACUGACUCCAUUCAACCUGUGGCCUUACGAGUGACCAGACCGUUGAUUGCUUUGAGCACACCUGACUCGAGCUGGAUGAAGGAGCUCUUAUGGACAUUUUUUGCUCCAUGUACAGUGUAUCAUGUAAGCUGGCUCCCGACAGUAUCAAGACAAGAUGGCGAGUCCAUACAGGAGUUUGCUAACAAAGUCCAGGAGGUAAAACCAAUGUUUGCCGGUUGAGUGGAUUUGUUAAAG